CAGUAUUACGCACCCCUGUUGCUUUGUUAAAUAUGUUUUUCUCUCCGGAACUACUCGCAAGACGAGACAGUGGAUUUGGGCUCCUCUGGCUUGCCGCAACUUUGGGAUCCAAAUCAACUUUCAAGAAACUUCCGAAAAGAUCUGUGAUGACCGCGGAUAUCGGUCAAUUGUGCGAUCUCAUAGCAGAACCGUCUGAACCCCUCGCUCUGCGACUCUCGAGUAAUUUGAUGGUCGGUGUUGCACGCGUAUACAAGGUCAAGCAGGACAUCUUCUUCACUGACGUGUCACAUUGUGUCGCCUCCUUGAAGAAGGUCAUUCAAGAAUAUCAAGCUACUCCUGGAGAUGGACAGUUGCAGAUGGCUCAGCCUAACACUCGGGCAUCGGCUUUAACAUUGGUCAUAGAUACCAAUCCCAAUUAUGAAUUAGAUGCAUUUGUUGCAGACUGGGAUGCAUUUCUCAAUGCCAGGGAGGACGAAUUGGAGGAGGAUAUGCCCGAUGCUGAAUAUAAUCCGAAGGGCAAACAAUCUAAGUCGAAGUCGAAGCUAUCGAAGCCUCAGGCUAGCCCACCUGCUGUCGCGGAAGAUGUGCGUGCGGAACUCUGCACCUUGAAAGAGAACUAUGAUCACCUUUUGUCUGCCUCCUUUGACCUUUCCUUCAGCGGCAACGCUCCAGGAUUUUCUCAGGACCCUUCCUCAUCUCAAGUUGAUGGUGGAUUUAUGAACGAUCCAUUCUUCUCUGAUGGUGCGGAUCUAGGUGGAUUGCUGGGCGACGAACUCGCUAGAGAACUAGGCGAGGGCUGGGGUGGUACUCCAACGAAGGCCAUAGAUACUGGCAGAAGGAAUAUCCUCGAAAGUGACGAUUUCGCUUUUCCCGCCGAUAUGCCCAUGCAUCUAGACUUCAACUUCGAAGAUAAUCAAGGUCUGAUACAGCCUCCGGUAAGCAAUGCCGCGACUCCCACUAUUGACAAGGGGAAGCGUAAGAGAAAGGCGAACGACUUCCAGAAAGAGAACAAGACUCCCCUUUCACUGCCAAAUACCCCACGUGCUAUCACACCUGUUCUGACAUUUUCUCAACAACUUCUGUCUCAGGACGCAGAACCUGUACAACCUCUGCAAGAUAUCACACAACAAUUCCAGAAUGCAUCUGCUCCAGCUCAGAAAAAGAUCAAAAAGACACGAUUGCUUUUGGAUGCUAGGACUGAACUUACUGAUGAAGAACUAAAGACCGCCCGGGCGCAAUAUCUGCGAGGGCAGAAGCUUUUGAGACACGAAAAUGAAUACAAGCGAUCGGAGAAAGGGAACGGGCGAUUACUUGAAGACAUUAUCUGGGGGGUUCCGGACUACAUCGAAGCCCCCGUCCUCGUUGACUUUUGGCAAGAGAAUUUCAAAGUCCAAGUCGAAGCAAGGACAGGAAUUCUUCUCAUCCAUCCUACAGAUGAGCCUCCGUCUAAACGGCGCAAGAUUAGAGAUCCAAACACUCUAAAAGAAGCACUUACAGGUCCUGCUGAACAUGAUUAUGCUAUGGACGUAGACAUGGUGGACUUUGGAAGGGAUGAUGUCCCGAUAGAUUUUGAUUUUGGACAGCAGAUCCGGUCAUCAGAGGAGCCCGGACAAGGACGUCAAGUCUCCAGACCACCAUCUCUUGGCGGCGGACAGUUUGAUAUUGAUCCAUCGCCCGAGGAACCUCUGACUCAGUCUCAGCGCAGCUCCCUGUUUCCUUGGGACAAUGCUGGUGUCUUCAGCUCCUCGAGUGGGGCCGGGGGAUUUGCAGGUGGAAGCGAUAGGAUCAGCGUUGACCGCGCUGAUAUAAGGAUGAGGGGAAGUUCUGUCAGUCGACGGGAGAGUUCUCUCGUUCCCAGUGCAAGUGCAACCGGUCUUGGGCUGUCCCCAGGUGUCACCGAUCGGGGGUCACAGGUGGGGGAGGACUACCAGUUCGAAGUGGAUCCGGAGGAAGGAGCCAAUAACUUGAACUCGCAAAUGGAAUCACAAAAAUCAGACCUGAAUCUUGUUACACUUGAACGCAACUCUUUCAAUUUUCUCGAAUAUACAAAGAUGCAGUUCCAAACUCUCCCGGACUUUUCGAACGACCUAUCAUUCGAUGCGAUAGCUCCUCCCGCUACAAGUACUCGACAUGUUGCUGCUGCUGCUUUCUAUCAUUGCUUGGUUUUGGCAACCAAGGACUUGCUUCAUCUCCGACAGCCACAGCCUUACGGACCUAUUUCUUUGCUCUUGGUACCUAAUUAAUAUUUCUGAUCAGACCCAGGUUCCGGUUCCCCAUGUUAAUGACCGAUUCGUCACUUCCUCUCAACCAUAUGUCCAGGACCGGAGUGUCCAUUCGAUGAUCCCGGAAUUGUAGCUACUUAGAUAACUGUACUGAAUUGAUAGCACCAUUAGUAUACAUGUAACA